AUGGCUUCGUCGACAAUUCCGGAAAAGGCCUCCGAAAAAGUCGUUCACGCAUUGACAUUUCUCGAUUUCAACGAGGCUCCAUAUCGAAAUUACCACGAAUAUCGCGGAUGCAGUGCUGAAAGUGACAUGCCCUAUCGGAAGAGCAGCCUCUUCAAAGGUCUUGAAAAAUUGCCAGAGUGCCUUCGCCAUCAGAUCUACCAACUCGUUGUUAUUGACCGCGAUACGGUCUCCCGAGACCAUCCAACCUACUGGCUCAAUGCCUAUUCAGAUUCUCUCCUAAAUAUCCGAAAUAUUGAGGGGUGGACUGAGCCCGGUGUCCCCACUCCGUCGCUCGAGUAUAAAGCAGGUUUCUUUGAAAAGAAGUUCUAUAGCCAGAAAUAUGAAAGUUUGAGGUCUCCAUUCUGCACUAUUCGCCAUUUCGCAGAAGCUCUCAGAUUGUUGGACCAGGAGAAAGAGAAUCGAGCAGGUGCUACACUGGAGGAUUUCUUGCAUUGGGUUGGAGACCACAUCGUGGUCGAGCUGGAGACACCAGAUUUGAAUAUUGGGCGAGCCAUAUCCACUCGACUUGUAUUGGACACCUUGGUUCCUUUUGGCAACUACAUCACACAUUUGUCCCUCGAGCAUAUUCCCCACGGCCCACGCCCAGAUAACCAUAGCAGAUUGUAUGGAGAACCCGACUACAAAACUAAAGACUUCAUUACGCUUUGUGACCAGGUAGGAGCUGCGAUGCCCCAUCUUCAGUCGGUAGUUUUCUGGGUGGCUCUAUCUGAAAAUGAGCUUGAUAUUGCUCUGUCCUCGCCCAGUAAACAGCCAUGGGUUCGAGCUUGCCAACGGCUAGGUGUGAAAAAAGUCGAGCUGAAGCUACUGAUAGUCGUGGUACCUUCUAGCAAUCAAACACAUCCAAUAUGGCUUCCCUAUAUCAGAGCUCGUCGACUAGCGUGGUGGAAGCCUAAGGCUGGAUAUCAGAAGGUUGAUGCAGAAAAGGAGACUAAGUUGCGGGACAUUCUGGCUCAAGAAUUGAUUGAUGAUGAGCCAUAA